AUGAAACCAAGCAAGACAAAGGAUUCUUCAAUGAAACGAAGGAAGAAGAGUAGGAAAAGUUCUAAUAAUGUGGACAGGAUUAGCGAGUUGCCUGAAGCUUUGAUUCAGAAGAUACUAUGCUUACUUCCUACAAAAGCUGCCAUAGCCACAAGUGUUUUGUCUAAACAAUGGCGGUCUCAUUGGAAACUGAUGCCUGAACUCAAGUUUGAUGCUUUAGAUCAUGAGCUUGACAUCGAGAGUAUUAACAAGUCUUUGUUUGCACAUAAGGCUCUUGUUCUACAGAGAUUGCAUCUCAAACUUCGUUUAACUGGACGUAGUGAACUUACAGUGGAUUUUGGAAUCUUGAUUGGAAUUGCAUUAACCCGCAAUGUUCGUGAGUUGGUACUCAAAGUUCACUCAAGCAGAGGUUUGUUUAAGUUUCCAAAAAUCUUGUAUGACUGUGAAAAACUAGAGACUUUGAAACUCAUGCUCCGGCUUGUUCUGGAUGUCCCUUCUACGGUUUCUCUGAGGUCUCUUAGAACACUACACCUUGAAGGUGUGGACUUCAAAGACGAGGAUUCUGUUCUUAACCUUUUAUCUGGCUGUCCUAAGCUUCAAGAUUUGGUAGUAUGUAGAGAAGCAAGUAGGAAUGUGAGUACUUUCAGAAUUGUAGUGCCAUCUUUACAAAGACUAACAAUUCAUAAUGGCGAUGGUGGGAGUUAUCAUCAAUGUUGCUUUGUGAUAAAUACUCCUUCUUUGAAAUUCUUAAAGAUUGAAGGGACUAAUACAUUUGAGUCUUCUCUGAUUGUGAACUUACCGGAGCUGAUGGAGGUAAACAUUACUAAUGUUGAUGAGAUAAGUGACGAGAAGCUUCUUAUGGUUCUCUCUUCCGUUAAACGCCUUUCGAUGGCCUUAUCACCCUUGAAGUUUAAGUUUCCUAUCGGUAUCAUCUUCGAGCAUUUGGUAUAUUUGGAGCUAUACACAUAUAAAAAAGCAUGGUGGGAUCUACUUCCCCUCUUGCUCCAUAGUUCUCCUAAAUUGCAAGUCCUCAAGCUCAUAGAUGACAUAGGUUGGAAGCACAAUGAUGGAGGUAUUGGAGAAUGGAAUCAACCAGAGAAUGUUCCUGAAUGUUUGUUGUCUCAUCUUGAAACAUUCAUGUGGAAAGGCUACAAAUGGAAACAAGAAAGAGAGAGAGAAGUGGCCAAAUACAUUCUAAAGCACACAGAUCAUUUGAAGAGAGUUAUUUUCUCCUCAAAAGACAUUAGUUAUCGAGAUAGGCUUAAGGUGGUGAAUGAUUUGAAAAGUGUUGUUAGGGAUACAAAUUCAUGCAAGUUUCAAUACAUAUGA